AUGCACGGCAGACCUGUCCAAUACCUUAUCAAUGGCGUACCAUUGACAGGCUCUCGAGAUAUUUCACGCCAAAUCAAUAGCAUCAACCCUAAGCAGUUAGAGCGUAUCGAAGUUUUAUCAGGAGCAACCAGUAUCUAUGGGUCUGGAGCGACAGGUGGACUGAUUAAUCUAGUGACCAAAUCUAGCUACCAACAAGGGCUACAUGGUGAAAGUCGUAUUGGCAUAUCGACCAAUAAUAAUUUUAACAAAGAGGCGUUGGGUUAUAGUGCUGGGCAGACAGUGACUUUUGGUAAUGACAAGCUUAACGCCCGAGUAGAUGUGGAUUAUGAAUCAAGGGGUGGACGCUUUGAUAGUGACAAUAAACGCAUUGCCCCAGAAGUUUGGCAAACGGAUUUACAAGAUACUGAUAGUUUGAGCGUCAACACCAAUCUCAACUAUCAAGCCACACCCACACAAAACAUCAAUUUGGCGGCUACUUACUAUAAAGACCAACAAGAUACCGACUAUGCCCCUGAUUAUGGCAAAGGGUUAGGUGUGCUACUCAAAGGCGAUACACCAUCAAUGCAAGCCAUCAAAGGGUUGCAAUUAGACAAUCAACCCUUUACCAAAAAAUCCACCGUGAGCCUUAACUACAAUAACAGUGAUAUCAAAGGCUCUAAUCUGAACGUGACAGGUUAUUAUCGUCAAGAAGACGGACGCUAUUAUCCGACACCUGCCCCCAUAUCGAUCAAACCUGCCUAUCCCUUGAUUGACAGUUUGGCGGUUGAUAACGCAACCAAAGACAAAUAUAAAAAGAAACUGGCAAACAGUGCCUACAGUAUCUUGCAAUCAACAGCCGAUAUCAAUGUGAUGGGACUGCGUGCCGCCAUGCAAACUCCCAGUACAUGGCAAGAUAAAAAGCUGUUAUGGAGCUAUGGUGCUGACUUUGAGCGAGAAACAGACAAACAGCAUUACGAUGGUAAUGACCUUAAAACCUUUAUUGACAGUAAUGGGCUGAAGAUUCAGCCAAAUAAUACACGCUACACCGCAGGCCCAAACAGCACCAUUGAUAAGGUAGGGGCAUUUGUUAAUUUAGAUGCUGAUGUCACAGAUAAAUGGCAUGUGAGUGGCGGUGUUCGCCACCAAAACAUCACCAGUAAGACGGAUGCCUUUACCACUCGUAACGAAGCCCAAUUACAAGAUUUAUUGGCUCAGUUCAAGUUGCCUUAUCUAGCAGGUAGUGUGCCUGCAGGUGAAACCAAACAUAACAAAACCUUAUUUAAUCUUGGGACAAGUUAUAACAUCGCACCCCAACAGAAAAUUUUUGCCAACUUUUCCCAAGGCUUUAAUCUACCUGAUAUUCAGCGAGUACUACGAGAUGUGAAUGUCGGCUUUAAGGUCAAUUCUGAUACGGUUGCACCGAUUACAGUCAAUAAUUAUGAGUUAGGUUGGCAGGGUGAUUUUGACAAAACCAAAGCCAAAGUGGUGGGGUUUUAUAAUACCUCAGAUAAAGUAGUGCAGUUUACCAAAGACUUUAAUGUUGUCGCUGCUGAUACCGAUGAGAGAAUCUAUGGGGCAGAAGCCAGUAUCAAUCACCGAUUUAAUCAAGAGUGGUCAGCAGGCUCUAGUCUUGCUUAUGGCAAAGGCGAAUAUAAAGAUGCGGCAGGUACUUGGCGUGAUUUGGGGGCAUUUCGAGUAACCCCACUCAAAGCAACAGCGUACGCACAAUAUACCUUCCCACAAGGUAGUAGUCUUCGUUUGCAAGGUAGUGCAAUUGGCGGUACAGAUGAGGCUUAUAACGAUAUGCUCGUUGCGGCGGUGGAUAAGAAUAUUAGCAAAUCUCGUGAAGCGAAAAUCACAGGCUAUGCCACACUGGAUUUAUUAGGGCAAGUCAAACUGGGUAAAGGCGAUUUAGCAUUUGGGGUCUAUAAUAUCGGCAAUACUCGAUAUCGUAGCGUGUUUAACCAAUCCGCUGAAGCGAUUGCAGGUCCUUUGAGAGGGCAAGAAGCCCAAGGGCGGACUUAUGGGCUUCAAUAUAGCCUAAACUGGUUCUAA